CAGAACCGGUACCAGGUACAGUACCAUGCGUACCGUACCGGUAAUAGUCAACGGUAGACGUGCAAGUCGAGCUUUCUGAGCUGCAAAUGCAUCGUCGGCGGGAGGCGGGAAACUAAUUAAACUAGCUAGCUUGAGAGCUACUACAUGUCUGCAAAUCCUUACAUUAAUAUUGCAAUAUCGCCGACCGCACACGCAUCCAAUGCAGCCAUCAUUCAUCCCUGCAACACAUCCAGCCCUCACGUCUCCUGGAAGCAUCGCAGGUACUGUAUUGUUGUACUUCAGAGACAAUGUCGGGCGCCAACAAACUCCGGAUAACGCUGGACCAGCUACGAAUGGCAGCCAAACAAGGAUCCAGGUAUCAGAAUCCUUGCUUCGACAAGAUUGAGAGGCUGCUUGACGCGAUGGAACGAACUGGGACUUACAACAUUCAACCCCUGUACAAGUACGUCAAGGAGGCGGAAGAGUGUUAUCAACAAGCAGACAUUGAAGAAAAGAAGAAAGGCAAAGCCAGUACCACUUACUUCCUCACGCAAUAUCUGGACAGGAAAAAAUUCAAAAAGGAAGGGAGAAGAUAAAAGAGAUAUAAAAUUAUCAAUAUUUAUUUUGAUUGGAAAACUCUGUCCGUGAGCUACCGGUAGCUAGCUAGCUUUUGUGUGGCGCUGGCUAGCCGGCUAUACUACUAGAGUGCUGCAGUACAUACCCGACUGCAUACCGGUAUGACUACUUGUUUCACGCAGCAUCAACACAUGCGUAGGGGGAGGCGGGGGGUCUUGGUGUUCCCAAGAUGUGACAAAGGUUGUGGGCCCUGUUGGUUUCGUUUAGGCGUGGUUAUUACGGGCAGCAGGAACUCAGCAACCAACCAAAGGUAAAGCAAGUAGAAGAAAUGGGCUAGUGCCAGCGGGUGCCCCUGGGAUGAAGCCACAUGUGACCUGGCUGCUUACAAUUUCCAGUGAGGUUGUCAGAAAUAAUGGGCUGUGAAGAAUGGCUGUCAAUCUUCUCAGUCAGGCAGGCUGUCAAUUGAAGGCUGCUUAUUUAUCUGAACUUCAAGUGGGCUCAUGAUAUGGAACGAGGGACACGCUCUGCUGCAGCCUAAUACAAAGAUAAGAUUGAGACUCUGGAGCGGACUCGACUCAGUCCAGGAGAGUGAGUGACAGUACUACCAAGGUAAUACUCGGAGAGAGCCAGGUGGUCACUCGAGUCAUCCUCUCGAGUGGGCCCGUGGGAGUGGUGCCUGUGGGAUGAGCGAAUGUGCUCAGGGCGUUCCCAGGAUGGCGAUACACAGGCAGUUCUCACGUGGACUCGAGAGAACAAGUGCCCACCAAAGAUGGCAUUGCAUGAUGUCCAAACUAGUAUAUUGUAGGCAGGCCACAAAAGUG